GAGUACGUUAAUGCAUGUUCAGUCGAAGGCGGCAGGUGCGCUUUCGGGCUUGUUCCAACCUCACUUCACCCCAUCUCACUUCAUCCCAUCUUAAUUCAUCCCGCUUGAGCAUCGUCCCUUGAUGUUGGAUGACACGAGACGCUUCUUUUCCCUUUCCAUUAUCUGCUCGUAUCCCUCGCUCUCAAAGCGCGAGCAGCUUACGCAUAGUCCGAAGAGGCCUGCAACAUUGUCAUGGAGGACCACGCAUCUCCCACAAGGCUUAGCCUACAUGAUACGGAACAGCCAUACCACGGCGACAGUACCUGGCAAAUGACGGCUUGUCCGUCACAGACAUUGCUGUCAUUGAGGGAGAACAGCAAUACGGCGUCAAGCCUAGUCGAUUCAGACGUUAGCCAAAAUAGCUUCGCCAACGCCACGCCGAGUGAAGCGGCCGAUUACUAUGAGCAGCACACGACAGCGACAAAGAGACCACGCAUGAACGAUGACUUUGAAGAAGCCCGUUCCUCGUUUAUGGACCAAGCCUUUGCAGAGGGUCUUUUGCACGAAUGCGUCUUCCCACACCCCUUUCAAAGCCCUUACAUGCCGAGCCCGCCGUCAACGACAUUAGGAGACCUCGAAGACCCGGCUGGCGCUCCGUCAGCUGGCUAUGCAGCAGCUCUGGACCUGGUCACCGACGGCGAGAAGUGGGAAGUAGAUAAAGCUUCAGCCGGCUUUCUUGCGUCCCUAAUGGCACUUGGCAAACCUUGCAACGCUGACGUUCGAUGCCGCGACGAAGAUGUGGGAUUCUGCGACUUACGUGUUGAAGAGCCACUACUUAGAUGCGACCCGGCGCUGGAGCUUCAGGCUAUUCGACGGCGUCACCUCGUAACUAUAGCCAAACGUGAUGAGAAGCCUAUUAGACUUGACAUGGAAAACGACGAGAGCCUUGAGUGGCCCACUCGUCUGAAGAAUCUGCCUGCACAGUUCUACGCGCAUGCAGUGUCUGAGAAGCUCGAGGUGGGCACCGAUGUGCUCCGCUACCUGCGAGAGGUUGCGCGGCCAACAAUGCUGUCGGAAGAAGAACUGAUGGGCGAGUCAAUGCAAAGCCUUGAGGCAAGUCUUGGGAUGCAUCUAAGUGUAUCAGUAUGCUAACAUCGUCAGUCGCAUCCUCUUCGUCCCGUGACGCCGCCACUGCUUCCGCUAUCACCGGCGUUCAGCCCACCUAGACCGUCGCCUUCGCUGUUGGAAGUCCACUU